AUGGGUUAUUAUCAGCUAGCUGGGUCGCCUUUUUGUCAAGACUCUCUCAAGGUUCUCGAGGCUGAUAUUGAGCAUGCCAAUAUGCUGGCAGCUUCAGUUCCGAUAGGCAAAGGAGGUGCAUGUCUUCAAAUAAAAUUGGUCUACAAUCCUUUGGCACCUAUAGUUUUGUUUUUGCUACAAUGGAUGGAUCGCUCAUGUACAUGCUUACUUCCAAGUUAUACGAACCUAUUCCACAUAGUUGUAUGCCAGGUGUGCCGUGAUGGUGAGACAAUGUUUACUUCACAUGGAAGGAAAGCAUCGAUUACAGAAUUCUAUGCUGUCAUACUACCAUCUCUUCAGCGUCUUCAUGAUAACGCAUCAAAGCUCGAGAUUUACCAAGAUGAAGGUCAAGGCUGGGAGAUGGUUGUCAGGAAGAAACUAAAUGACGAGCGAAAGCAUUCAAACUCUGACAUGGAGAGAGAUGAUGAAUGUGGGAUCUGCUUAGAGCCCUGCACCAAAAUGGUUCUGCCCAAAUGUUGUCAUGCAAUGUGCAUCAAUUGCUAUCGUGACUGGAGCAUGAAGUCGGAGUCGUGCCCAUUUUGCCGGGGUAGUUUGAAGAGAGUGAAAUCAGGGGACUUGUGGGUUCUCACAUGCAAUGAGGAUGUGGUUGAUCAAGAGACAGUGUCAAGGGAGGACAUGUUGCGGUUCUAUCUCUACAUAAACAGCCUGCCUAAAGAUAUUCCCGAUGCUGUUUCCUUACUCUAUUAUGAGGAUUUAAUCUGA